GGCUUUCUUCCCGAGUGCGCGAACGCUGACUGAAGGCACAUAAAGAACGCAGCCGCCACACAGCACCCAGAACAAAGCGGGGUCCCGAAGGUCACCCGGGCCGGCGUGUUCCUUAAACCGCUCUAGCCAAAGGAACCAUAAAGAUUCAGGUUAAGGUGUCUUCACUUCCUCCUUGUGGUCGUUCCGCCCUCGGCUUCCGGUUCCGGGGACGGGCCUAAUUUUCUUGGCUGAUUAGGGCUUACGGAUCCAGGAUGGCUGUCUUGUCGCUUCUGUUGUUGGGUGGUUUGUGGAGUGCUGUGGGAGCGUCCAAUAUGGCUGUCGUUACUUGCGGCUCUGUGGUGAAGCUACUCAAUACGCGCCACAAUGUCCGACUGCACUCUCACGACGUUCGCUAUGGGUCAGGUAGUGGGCAGCAGUCAGUGACAGGGGUAACCUCUGUGGAUGACAGCAACAGUUACUGGAGGAUACGGGGGAAGACUGCCACAGUGUGUGAGAGGGGAACCCCCAUCAAAUGUGGCCAGCCUAUCCGGCUGACACACAUCAACACGGGUCGAAACCUCCACAGCCACCAUUUCACUUCACCUCUUUCUGGAAACCAGGAAGUGAGCGCCUUUGGUGAAGAUGGGGAAGGCGACCAUCUAGAUGACUGGACCGUGCUCUGUAAUGGACCUUACUGGGUGCGAGAUGGCGAAGUGAGGUUCAAACAUUCUUCCACCGACGUACUCCUGUCUGUCACAGGAGAACAGUAUGGUCGGCCCAUAAGUGGACAGAAAGAGGUACAUGGUAUGGCCCAGCCAAGUCAGAACAACUACUGGAAGGCCAUGGAAGGCAUCUUCAUGAAGCCCAGCGAGCUGCUGAAGGCAGAAGUCCAUCAUGCCGAGCUGUGACUCUGAGCGCUCUGAGCCACUGUCACCACACAGUGUUUGCAGACGUGUGCUGCUGCUUCCCCCUGCGACCCCUGCUCCAGGCCCUCUAAGCAGGGGCUGCAUUUGGACCUGCGCCCUUCACACUUGAAUUGGCUGCUCUCCCAGAUGUGGUCAGUUCUCAGGAGAGGGCUGAUAGUGAAGGCAGAGAUGCUGUCCAUUCGUACUGGUAAAGAAAGUUGAAGACCUUGCCUCUUAGCUAGGAAGUUUUACUCCACAGGAGUUUGACAUCAUGGAUUGUUGAUGUGUGAUAUCUCCUAUUUGUCUUUCUCCAAAAUGAGAAAUAAAAAGAUAAAAGGAACUUUA